AAGGCAAGCUAUUAGUUAUAUACUGGUAUCUAGGACACAAAGAACAGUCUCAUCUUUUGUGACUCAUGAUUUAGUUCCUUUGAUCAGUGCCUGAUGCUAAUUCUGUGACAAUGUAUGUUUGUACGCCUCAACACACUCAGGUGCACACCACCCUCAUAGAGACUCCAGAACUAAAGGUGGAUGCCUGUCCAGGCUGCCAGUUCACCAGCUGCCUCUGUGCCAACGAAGCAAAAAUCUUUGCGUGGAAUGUGACAGCCACUAGACUGGGCAAAGUGAAUGUCACUGUGAGCAGUGUGGCAGAAGAUUCGCAUAAUCUGUGUGAUAACAGGGUUGCUGUGACACCGCUGCAAGGAAAGACAGACACAGUGAUAAAACCUUUGAUUGUGAAGCCAGGAGGCAUACUACAAGAGAAGACCCAAAAUGCCUUUCUCUGU